AACCGGAAACUCGGUGACUGCGGAACUUCCGCCGCCAGAGUGCGUCAUCGUCCCGCUCAGGGACCCGGAUGUUGUGGCAGCGCAGCAAUGAGAGCCAUCAUUCAGAGGGUGACCAAGGCGAGCGUGACAGUGGGAGAGGAGCAGGUCAGUUCCAUCGGACGGGGGCUCUGCGUGCUGCUGGGGAUUUCUGUGGACGACACUCCGAGAGAUGCUGAGUACAUAGUUCGGAAGAUCCUCAACCUGAGGCUCUUUGAGGAUGAGAGCGGCCGUUCGUGGAGCCGCAGCGUCAUGGACGGGAACCUGGAGGUUCUGUGCGUCAGCCAGUUCACCCUGCAGUGCGUCCUGAAGGGCAACAAGCCGGACUUCCACUGCGCCAUGCCCGCAGAGCUGGCCCAGCCCUUCUACAACAGCAUCCUGGAGGACAUGAGGAGCGCUUACAAGCCGGAGCUCGUCAAAGAUGGAAAGUUUGGCGCCUUCAUGCAGGUCCACAUUCAGAACGAUGGACCGGUCACCGUAGAAUUAACGUCACCGAGUUCCCCCACAGACCUCAAACAGAUGGCGAAACAGGAGAAGCAGCAGCAGAGGAAAGAGAAGACCCGCGCCAAAGGCCCGGCGGAGUCGGGCAGGGAGAAGGGCAGCCAGAGGUCCAGACAGGACCUCAGCGCGAGCAGCGGCGCCGAGGGCGAUGUUUCUUCAGAGAGGGAACCGUAGAGGAUAGAUGAUUUGGAAAACAGGACACUGAGCCCAGUUUCUCAGGAAGAUCUGGUUCUGCAGAGACCAACGUCAUGGUGGACAACCAAACUGGACUGGCAAAGUGCAAUGACGGCGUGGACAAAGGCCUUUUCUGUUUGAAGGCAGAUUGAAAUCCAGAUUCUGAGACACUAACCGUACUGUUGGCCCAGUAGCUUUGUGUGCUGGUUGGUUCUUCCUCCUGUUGGUUUCUGUGUCUGCAUCACUCCAUGAUUAUUGACUCAAAGUUAAACAGAUUCAAGCAAAAACUGCAGACAGCAAAUGUGUAAUAGUGUAAAACAGAGCCGUCCUCUUAUAAACUCCAGCAGUAGCUUAAACAUUCAUCAGAAACCAGUUCGGAAAAGUCUGCUGGGUUUUGUUUUAGAUUAACCAGAAAACAUGCUAUAUAUUAAAUAAAAUUACAAAAGCCACGAACCGUUUUUAGACGGUCUUCUCAUGUUUACAACAUCUACUUUUCUUUUUUUUAUUCAUUUCUCAUGAAAACAAGAUUUUACCAUUUUUUGUUUUGACAAUUCGAGGUUUUUUCUGGGGAUAAUGAGACCACGAGGUUGUAUUUCAAGAAGACUGAAAUUUGGACUUUCAUGGGUGAUCAGCCUACAUAUCUGCUCGUAGACACAGAAGAGCCAGUCCUGCAUCGUUCUGUAACCGUGUAGACGGCCCACUGGUCACCCAAACUGGUCACUGAUGGAAUUGACAACAGCUGCAUGAUCUGAAUGGACUGCAGCCGCCUGCGCAGCCGCAGCCGGCAACACUCUGAUUUGGACGUCGUGUAUGACGGACAACAUCAGCACAAUCGCCGCCUGAGUUAGACCACAAAUGAAGUAAUCAAUUAUGAAUAAUUCCUCCUGCUGUUCAACAACUUCCCUGUCA